AUGGUAAACGAUAAUGCGCCACUAAGGAAAGUCGAAUUGGAACAAAUGCGGCUUGUACUCGUACAGAAAUUGGAUACAAUUUCGAAGUUAGACGAUGAGAUUCAGAGCUUGUUGGAAAAGGAUGACGAUAUUGCAGCAGAUAUCGACAGCUCAUCGGAAUACGGCUGCGAAGUUCUGGGUGCGUUGGCCGAAAUUAACGAAGCGCUGAGCACGAUAGAGACGAACAAACGAAACGAGGAACUCGCCAACACAUCGACAAGUACAGUAUCCAGUGGGGCACGCUGUAGAGUGAAGCUGCCUAAACUAGAGGUGAAAAAGUUCUCGGGCAGGAUACAAGAUUGGCGUGAAUUCUGGGACUCUUUCGAAAGUUCCAUUCACAACAAUGACGGACUGUCUGAGGUAGACAAAUUCACCUAUCUGAGGGGAUUGGUGGAGGAGCCGGCCAAGUCAGCAAUUUCGGGAUUUGCUCUGACUUCGGUUAACUAUGCAGAAGCACUGAAGGUGUUAGAACGGAGAUACGGGAGCAAAGUGAUGGUGCAAAGGGCACACGUAAAUGAUUUGAUGAACUUAAAGCCCGUGUACAACGAGAGUGACACGACGAGGCUGCGCAAGUUCUUCGACGCGGUCGAAACAAAUUACCGAGGACUCGAGGCGCUCGGUGUAAAGGAGGAAACGUACUGCGAGAUAGUCAUGCCCAAUCUUCUAACAAAGAUACCGAACUCAUUAAAACUGACAAUUACCAGGGGAAGAGACUACUUAGAGUGGGGCAUGAAAGAUUUUGUCGACGCAUUACAAGCCGAAGUGGAGCUGCGGGAAUGCCACAAAUUAGCGGUCGGAGAGAAAGAAGAAGAUCAACGAAGAAGACGACGGGAACCAGGAACAGCUAACGGGUUGUUUGCCAGCCGCAACAACCGAUUGUUUUGUGCUUUCUGCUGUGGAGAGCACAAGCAUGAAGAAUGUACCAAAGUAACGGGGCGGCAAGAACGGAUGCAACUUCUUCGUAAGUUCAAACGAUGUUUCAAUUGUUUAAAUAAGGGACAUGUAGCUAAAGAUUGUCGUGCACGUAUUAAAUGUAGCGUAUGUGGGGAGGGUCAUCAUGUUUCCAUAUGUGAUAAGAGUAAUAAUAACGAGAAGGAUGAAAGAAAUAGUCGGGAAGAAAGUGGACAGGUUAGUGUAGCUAAUGUCCACGUUAGUACUAGAAGUAGAGUGGCUCUUCAAACUGCGCAGGGAGUACUUAUAGGAAAGGGUAAGACAAGAGUGCGAGUGCUUUUCGACUCGGGAAGUCAGAAAUUCUUUGUGACGUGUGACGCGAAGAGGUGUGCCAAGCAACGUUGCUAG